UGAAGUUCCAAAUGAAAAAUAGGUUUUUUGUUUAAAUUUAAUUAAUUUGUAUUUCUAUACGUUUUAAACAUCAAAUAACCUACUAGUAGUAACAGAAUAUGAGUGAUCCAAGAUGGUACUUUACGGAAGAACAGCUUGCAAACUCACCAAGUCGAAAAUGUGGAAUAAACGCAGAAUUAGAAUUAUCGUAUAGACAAAGAGCUGCAAAUCUCAUUCAAGAAAUGGGCCAGCGACUGCAAGUAUCACAGCUAUGUAUCAAUACUGCAAUAGUUUAUAUGCAUAGAUUUUAUGCAUUUCACUCAUUCACAAUGUUCCAUCGGAAUAGUAUAGCGGCUGCAUCGUUUUUUCUGGCAGCAAAGGUGGAAGAACAACCGAGAAAGUUGGAGCAUGUCAUCAAAAUUCUGAAUAUAUGCUUAGAAAAGAGUGACAUGAAUCGCGAGCCAUACGCUGAACAGGCACAAGAGUUGGUUUUAAAUGAAAACAUUUUACUUCAAACACUCGGAUUUGAUGUUGCUAUAGAUCAUCCUCAUACCCACGUAGUAAAAGCCUGUCAACUUUUUAAUAUUGUAACAGUUUCUAGAGAAUUAAGACAAACUUGUUAUUUUAUGGCCUCAAAUAGUUUACAUUUGACAACCAUGUGUCUCAAAUAUCGUCCAACAGUUGUGGCUGCCUUCUGUAUAUAUAUCGCAUGCAAGUGGUCUCGUUGGGAGAUACCCGACUCAAGCGAGGGAAAAGCUUGGUAUAGUUAUGUUGAUGACACCGUGACUUUAGACACUCUUAAACAAUUGACUGAAGAAUACUUACAAAUACUAGAACGUAGUCCAUCAAAAUUCAAGAGCAAGAUGAAAGCAAUCACAUCCAACGGACAAGCUGCACUCAUGAAAAAAUCUUUCCAGGUGAAUCAGUCACCAAGCAUCGUAGACGGUCCAUCAACUUCGCAUCAUAAGAAUAAUCAGCACCAUGAUAAACAUCAUCAUCAUCACCAUCAUAAAAAUGCUAGCAUGACAAGUAGUAGUGCAGGUGCUGCAAGUUCAACUGUUAAUGUUAAUGCAAAUGGAAAUAGCAGGUCCUCAUCAUCAAGCUCUUCAGCUAAAGCUCAAAUGCAUCAAAUGCCCAAUUCAUCGUCACAAUAUAAGCAAGUUCCUUCUUCUCAGAGUGGAAUGAACUCGUCAUCGUCGUCGAUUCAACCGCCUUUACCGCCUACAGCCUCCUCAAAUCAUAAUAUGCAUCGUCAAAGACCAUCAUCGAGUAGUAGUCAGUCACAACCUUAUGCAAGUGCUAGUAAUAAUAGUAGUAAUCAGCCAAAACCUCCACUAAUGGAUGAAAGAUCACAUCAACAACAACAACAGCGACUAGUCCAUCAAGAUGGAACAUUUUAUAAUACUUCAUCGUCCAGUCAAAGGAUGUCUGAUCAUUCAAAGCAUCGAAACAGUUCUAAUUCAGCACCUCCUCCUCCCCCUCCUCAACAAAACCCACCUUUACCACCAUCUCAGCAACAGCAACAACAACCUUACAUGAAGCUAAAUAGCAUGAAUGAUCAGAAACAGCAUAAUAUGAUGGCUAAUAAUUCAAAGCAGGCUCCACCGUAUCCAGGUCAAAGCAUAGAUAUGCAUCAGAAGAAUAUUAAACAAAGCUCGGCGGAUUAUCAUAACAGGAACAAUCCACAAUUAAAUCAACAAAUACCAAAUAAUCCUCAAAAGAAACCGACUUGGCCGCAGCAGCAACAAUCCUCUUCCACUUCUAUGUCACAACAACAACAACAAUUACAGACAUCUCACAAUCAAGACAAACAAUAUCCGCAUUUACAAAAGAAUCUUCAACAAAUACCAAAUUCUGCAAAUCUUUUAGAUCAGAGUGCUUCCAAUAUGCUUAAUUCUUCAUCGAGUAAAUCCUCUGCUUACAAUGAAAUGUCAUCGAAGCAGCAGCAACAACAAAAUUUAUCACAAAAUGACUUUUGGUUUAGUGACAAAAUUAAUGAAAUGUCCAAUAAAACGACAACUCCGCCUCGUGGACAAUCUUUAUUCUCUCCAAGUCCUGAACAUGAUACGAAUGAGAAGGCAAAGUACAUGAUGAUGACUGGAAGUUUAAAGAGAAGCAGUGACAGUGCAGUUGACAGUCCAAAAGAGGAUAAGAAAUCGACACCAACGAAACGUGAUAAAAGUAUACUUGGAAAUCAAUCAGGAUCAAAUCAGAAGCAGCUUAAUCCAGCAAAUCAAAUGGAUAGUAAGAAAUUCUCUAAACUUGACAAUGUAAAUGCGUCAAAUUCACAAUUAUUGACAGACCAAACCAUGAUAGACGCUCAAAUGGUCAAGAAACGAUCAUAUUCAUCGAUAAAAGACUCUAUGGAUGCACCACAUAGUCGUGAGAAUAAGAUCAGAAAGGUUGAUCAGGUAAAAUUGGAGCCAACUGUUCCUGUGAGCUUACCUGUAACGCCUGUAUCAUCGAAAAUUCCAUCACAAUCAAUGUCACAGCAAUCCUCAAUUUAUGGAGGAGGUAUGCUGGACAUGCCAAUGCCAGUUCCAACAAAACAACCACUCGAGACAAAUCCAGAUGUAGUAAAAUCCCUUCUUGCUGAAUGCUUUUCAUCAAACAAUAAAUUUGACUUGUAUGAUAGUCCAUUGGAUAUUAUGAAUCCUGAGCUACCCGAUGAGCUUUUUGCUACCACACCAACAUCAUCAGUUCCAUCAAAACCACAACAAAAUAUGAGUAUGAAAAUUAACCAACAACAAUCGACGACACAGCAAUUAUUGCCACAGCAGCAACAACAACUAAGUUUGACAAAGCGUGAAUCAUUAGACGAUUUAUUAGACAUUAAGGAUGAUAAGAUGGACUCGUCUGCUGGCGAGAGUAGUAGAAAAGAUAAGAAAAAGUCGAAGAAAAAGAAAGAAAAGCAUAAGCAUAAGAAGAAGCAUAAAUCAUCAGAUCGUGAGGAUCGUGACGAUCGUGACGAUAAUAAGAGUGACUCAUCAUCACUUAAAAUAAUUUUUUCAAAGGAGAGUAAAGCUGACACAAAAAGCUCUCCAGAAAGUUAUGGUGGUGGAUUAAAAAUUAAAAUUCCCAUCAAUAAAGAUGCUGGCAAAAUUGAGGUGAAUCAGAAUCAGUCACAAUCGCAGCCCGCACCAAUUAAGUUGAAACUAUCAAAAGAAAAGUUUGGAAGCUUCACUAAUUUAAAUAAUAACAAUAAUACUAAUAAUAAUAAUUCAUCGUCAUCCUCAUCAUCGAGUCACCAUCAUCAUAAGAGUAAAAAGGAUAAAGAUAAGGAAAAGGAUCGUGAAAAGUCCAAGUCGAAGAGCUCCAAGCAUUAUAAUGCAUCCGAUUAUAAGGAAUCUAGCAGUUAUCAACAUUCAAAUUAGACAGAAUAAGAAAAUUAAUUGUUAAAUGAAGGAAGAAAAAAAACUAUGAAAUUAUUUAAUGUGUAUCGAAAGGAGAGACAAAAAAAUCAUAAAAAUAAUAAUAAUUUUAAGAUACAGAUUAAUCAACUGUUGAAUAUUUUGUAAAUAAAUAAUAAAACCAAUUUAAAUCAUUUUAGAUUUC